AUGAUGCUCGUGCGCGUACUCGCGCUGGCCGCACUGUUUACCUGUAGCGUCCGGCGCGUGCGCGGCGGCGGUGGUGGCGGGGAGGUGACCAGCAACAUCCUCCUCAUCGUCACUGACGACCAGGACCAAAAUCUGGGGGGCAUGACGCCAAUGAAGAAGACCAAAUCUUUAAUCGGGGACGCAGGAGUGACCUUCGUCAAUUCGUUCACAGUGACGCCACUUUGCUGCCCGAGCCGCUGUAGCAUCCUGACAGGUCGCUACCCACACAAUCACAUGGUUCGAAACAACUCUGUCGCCGGCAACUGCUCCAGCGCAGCAUGGCAGAGCACCGGCGAGUCAGAAGCCUUCCCUGUCUAUCUCAGCAAGCGCGGCUACCAAACAUUCUUCGCCGGGAAGUACCUCAACCAGUACGGCAAGAAAGAAGUUGGUGGUGUGUCACAUGUUCCGCCAGGUUGGGACCAGUGGCAUGUGCUAGUGGGCAACUCUCGCUACUACAACUACACUCUGUCUCGAAACGGCGUGGAGGAGAAGCACGGCGACAGCUACGCCGACGACUACCUGACUGACCUCAUCGCCAACCGCUCACUUCAAUUCCUGGAAAACCGCAGUCCACAGCGCCCGUUCUUUUUGAUGCUGGCGCCACCCGCGCCCCACUCGCCCUGGACUGCCGCCCCGCAGUAUUGUAAAAGCUUCAGCGAUGUCAAAGCACCUCGGGACGGUAGCUUUGACAAAGCGGCCAAGGACAAACAUUGGCUGCUGCGCCAAGCAGUUAACCCCAUGACCAACGGUACACUGGCGUUUUUGGACGAUGCCUACCGUAAGAGGUGGCAGACACUGCUUUCCGUGGACGACAUGGUGGAGAAGCUGGUGAGAAAGCUGGACGAGCUACAAGAGCUCAACCACACAUACGUCUUCUUCACAUCAGACAAUGGCUACCACACAGGUCAAUUUUCUCUCCCCAUUGACAAGCGUCAGCUGUAUGAGUUUGAUAUCAGGACACCGUUGCUGGUCCGCGGUCCUGGUGUCAAACCCAACAUCACGUUGAAGGCUCCCGUGCUGAACAUCGACUUGGCACCGACCAUUCUGGACAUCGCUGGAGUGGACGCUGCCGAUGUGGACGGACAGUCCUUCCUGCCUCUGAUGGCGCCGUCCUUGCGCAACGGCUCGGCGCGGCCCUUCUUCCUGGUUGAGCACAUGGGCGAGGGGCUUUCCAGCGGGGACCCUGCCUGCCCCGAGAUGGGCCCCGGCUUGUCGCAAUGUUUCCCCGACUGCGUGUGCGAGGACUCUUUCAACAACACCUACGCUUGCGUCAGGACGCUGGACGGACGCGACGACAUGCAGUACUGUGAAUUCGCCGACAACGAGUCCUUCGUGGAGGUGUAUAACUUGACCUCAGACCCCCACCAGCUGGAAAACAUUGUGAAGAAGGUGGACCCGACCAUACUGCAGACCAUGAACCAGCGCCUUAUCAAGCUGCAGUCAUGCCAGGGCGCCGGAUGCCGCACCAUCUCCACGUGA